AAGGUCGCUGGUCGCGUCUUAGCAACGGCGCUGCAGCAAGUCUCUGCCCAGGGAGUGGGAGAAAGAAGUGACUUUGGGGCAAUAUCACAUCAAUCAAGCAGCAAUGUUGGACACCGUACAGUACGCCAUCGAGGAAAUCGGUAGAAACUACUUUCUAACACUCUCCAACCUGACGGAUGACGACAUUGUCAACAUAUGGGCAAAUGUUUCUGCUUUUGUGGAUCGGCACAUGUCCCUCCAGAAGGGAGUACAUAUAUUAGGCUUGGGGACCUUUACAUUUUCACAGCAAAAGCUGGAUGUCGGCCAUAAAUUAAUUUUACUUCAGAGGCCAGUAUUUGUGAUGUCUGAAAAAUUGAUACAGAUCCAUGGAUUAUCCUACACAAAACAACACGUAUCAGGUGACAUACCAAUUGUUGAACUAAAUUUUACAUUCCUGGCUCUGGAGAGCCCGUAUGAUCGGGAUACAGUUGAAGGAUGUGUCAAAGAGACUCUGCAGAUCAUGUAUCGUUACAUUGCCAGUAACCGUAAUGUGCAUUUCACUUUUAAAGAUAUUGGAGUGCUAACGAUACGAAAUAACAAGAUCAAAAUGAAGUUUUAUAGAGAAUUUCUUAAUGCUAUGGAUGGUAGUGGAAGUUUAGUGAAAGCUCUUUCAAAUAGACCUGGGACUGCAGACUCAAUAAAGUCAAUCAGAGAUGUGUGCACAAGUCGACCUGCCACGACCAACUCGGUUCUAUUUCCCAGGAUUUCGCCAGGUGAUCUCAAUGAAAGAAAAUCAAUGUUGUUGUCAAUUAAAGAAGAAAAAAGAGAAAACCAUGAAGCCCUCUCUAAACCUGAACAAAAUGAGCUCAACAGAGAAAGUGAGCAAGUUGAGAAACUGAAAGAAAGAGAGGAAAGUAGAGAAGCAACAGAAAUGCCCCAUGUCAAACAGUCCCACGUUAAACAAUCUUUGACUCCUGCCAAAACUUCCGCUGUGUGUCUGACAGAAGACUUUCAAAAGAUUACCGAGCACAAAGAUUUAUCAGAAAGGUUGGCUUCUCCAAAUCGUUCUCCAUCCUGUCAGCCUGGCAUUCAACAACCAAAUCGGCAGUCACCGAAACUCAAAGCAUCACCAGCCACUGCCUGCGCUGAUCAUUGCAGGGCAGGACAGGAGUUGUGCUACCUUUGCAUGCAACGUGCUCUGAAGAAUUUCCCUAUUGAUGUUUCGGAGAACAGAAGAAAAAGGGAAGAAGAGAAUGAACAAAUGUUACAGCAAUAUCAACAAAUAAAAGAUCAGGAAGCACUCUUCCAGGAGCAGUGUGAAAUGUUGGCUAACAGAGAAAUCAAUCAAAAGAUUUCAGCAUUCAAUAUAGGAAUCGCUGAAGCCAAAAAGAGAAAGAAGAAUUCAAAGUGCAAAGACUCUUAUAAAGGAUACAUAUUUCAAAACAGACUCUUGACACCACCAGUCUUUCUGAAGCAACAGCAGUAUGCAAGGUGCCUAACUGAACAAAUUCAAGAGAAAAAGCAAAGAGAGGAAAAAAAGAGACAGGAUGAAGAGUUUAUGGAUCGCUUGGAACAAGUUCAAUUGGCUGAAGAUCUUGCUGUCCAGAGGCAGUACUAUCAGAAGGAGAGGCAUGAACAAAUAGAGGCCUACAAGAAAGCACUGGAUGUGCAGAGAAAAGAGAAACCACGUCAAUUACCAGCAUCAGUACCUGAUUCCUCUGAACCAAUCUUUGGUAACUCUGAGCCAGCUGGAAAGAUGGAAGAACAAAAGCAAAUUGCUUAUAACCUUUACAAAGAGCAGAUGCAGGCUGCUGCUGACCGUAAGAGGAAUACCAUUCUGAAUCAAUUGUACGAACAGAAAACUGAAUUAGAUAUGUUGGAAAGAAACAGAAAAGGCUUAAUAAAUGAACAUAAAAAACGCUAUGAAGAUCUGCAGAGAAUGCGUAAAGCAUUAGAAAAAGCAUGGACUGAUAAUGUAACAAUGAAGCGACUGAAAAACUAUGAAGAAAAUCGAUACUCAAAGGCUAGAGGACUUUUCCUACUUGAUCAGUGUAAUAAAUAUCGACGUUGCUUUCAGUGUCAACGACGUUUAUCAAACAUUGGCCAGUCAAAUAUUUGGAACAGUACAUUCAUUACAACUGGAACAAAUUAG